UGCUGUGAUACUCAAAGAUAGCAGAAGCAGUUCCUUCAUUUGGGCACUGAAAUUUUCCUCAGCUCUUGAGUUAAUGUUUGUUUGUGCAAACAAUGAUUUUUGUGUUGUUGAUUCAGUGUGGUUGUCGUAAAUCCUGAAUAAGCAAAUCUGAACAGCUCAAACUGAAGCAUAAUGUGCUUUACUCGUACUCCAAACUGAAUCAGUACACAAUUUUGUCCUCAAUACCAAUACCUUUUCAGCACACUCCUCAAUGCAAUAUUCUGUAAUGCAACCACAACCGCUGAACAUAUUGUUAAGCACGUGCAAAGCAUGUGGGUGCAAAAAAAAUUGGUACAGGCAGCUGUGAAUAUGGAAAGUCCCAUAAUGCUGAGGUGUGAAGAGUAGUAGGUGGAGUGCAGUUGUUUUAACAUUCUGAGCCCACAAGCUGACAAACAGUAAGAUUCAUUACGAGAAAACCAUUUAGCUGGAAGUCAAAUGUAGCUCACAAGAAUGCAGCUUAAUUAUUUCUUAUUGUCACCAGUGCAUGACUGGAUACACUAUAGUGAGUCCAUGAUACCGCUAGGACAUUAAGACGACUGCUCUUUUCCCGUUCCUUAGGAAAAAGUCAGCACUGGAUGGCAACCUAAUGGAAGAGCGUGACCAUUUUUGCACCGAGUUUGGAUGAUAUAUUUGGGACGACAGGUGUCUGAGGACCUCAGUGUAAACAAACAAGGACUGACAUCCCUCAGUGCUUUAGAGCAGACCUUCAGAUCUGGACCAAUGACAGGACAAUGAAUGACAGCGCUUUUGUAUGUGAAAAUAGAACCAUUGAUAUUAAAGAAUACCAGCGUUACACCUAUGCAAUCAUCUACACAGUAAUCCUGGUCCCAGGGUUGAUCAGUAAUGUUUUGGCACUUUGGGUUUUCCAUGUGUAUGUGAAGGAAACAAAGAAAGCUGUGAUCUUCAUGAUCAAUCUGGCCAUUGCUGAUCUGCUCCAAGUACUUUCAUUGCCUUUGCGCAUAUACUACUACCUGAACCAAUCCUGGCCCUUUGGCCAUGUUCUCUGCAUGUUUUGCUUCUACCUGAAAUAUGUCAACAUGUAUGCCAGCAUUUACUUUCUGGCAUGCAUAAGCAUAAGACGUUGCUUGCUUAUCAUCUAUCCACUGCGAUACAAAGCAACAGAACGGCGACGAGACCGCACAUGGUGUGCAAUAGGCUGGUUCAUCGUGUGUAUUGGAUGCCUGCCCUUUCCUUUGCUGAGAAAAAACUCUGACUCCUCCGAGUCAGGAAAAUCUGAAAUCUGCUUCUCAGAGCUACCCAUGGUGCCUCUAACCUUGGCAAGUGGAGUGACUCUUGUCACACUGGCAGAACUCAUUGGUUUUCUGUUACCCCUAGCAGUGGUCCUCACUUGCACGUGGUUAACUGCUGCAAGUCUGCGUGAAAAAAACUGUGUCCUUCAAGAUGCUGGAGAAAAGCACAAAGCUCUCAAGAUGGUGCUGAGCUGUGCAGGCGUCUUCCUGGUCUGUUUCAUGCCUUAUCACAUCACCUUUCCUUUGGACUUUUUAGCCAAAUCCAAUAAGCAAUUGAGCUGUGCAUUCAGGACUGCCAUCCAACGCUCCCAUCCUAUAACCUUGUGUCUGGCCAGCUUUAACUCUUGCCUGGACCCAGUGAUGUACUACUUCACCACUGAUGAAUUCAAGCGGCGUCUCUCAAGGCCAGAGUUGGUUGAAAGCUUCCAUUUGCACCGCAGGAUGUCUUGCUCAACAACUGAAGUGAAAGCGUUGCAGUCUGAGCAAGAAGGAGGAAUAUGAAGACAUUAACUAAAUUAACUACUGUUGUCACUAACAUUGAGGGUAAGAUCCCACAAAGACUGUAGACAAACAAUGAGAAUAAAUCUAAAAGCCACUUUAAGAUCAAAUUAUUCCCAUAGUCCUUAUUCGUGGAAAUGACUAAGACUUAAAAAUAUGAAUAACCUGCACUGAGUCCAGUAAAGUAAUAUUGAAUAUAGCCAAUACUAAAUAUUUAUGUACAAAUGUGGUCAUGGUGUGAUAACUGGAUGUUGUGAUGUGAGCUAUGUAUUAUUGCUUAAAGCAAUCUGAUUCAUGUAUAUUUAGAGAAUCAUAUGAUGACAAAAUCACUGUCAGUAUGUAAUGUGUUAAGACUAAAUCAAAUCUUCCUUCUUGUAAAUUAAAUUCAGCAAAAGUUUAUACAAAUACACAAAUGUUAUUCUUUUAACAAGACAAAGCAAGCUCAGUAAAGCUGAACUACAAUUACAAUGUGGAGAAUAUUGUUGUUCUCUUACAAACUAAUGAAAUAGCUACCCCAAAACACA